GAAUAAGAAAAUGUUGGGCGACUUGGUCAAAAAACCACGGAAAACUGAGCCAAAAUUGAUCUCAUGUUUUCGAUAUUUUGUUCUUGGUACAUCAACUCUAGCGUUAUUGCUUUUCGCUAUAUUGUUGUUGAUGAAGUUGGGCGAUGAAGUGCCAAUCAUUACUAUCACAUCUAAAUUAGUUUCUAAUCUACCCGCACCAGUCAUCUAUCUCAGUUUUGAGAAUAAUUUUACCGUAGAUUGUACCUCUGAAAAUGGAUCAAGCUGCAAUAAAUAUGUUACACGAACAAAAGUACCAGAAGAUUAUGUUGACAUCCAUCGUCCUUACGUUUGGGCAGUUAAACCAAAUGGCAACUUACUUUUGACCACUGGUUCAAUGCAACUUGAUAUAACCACGAAUUCCAGCUCUGAUAUAGGCAUGACAAUGAAUCUUGAUCCAUGGAGCAAUGAUUAUAAUGCUUCGGUGAAUAAUCGAUUUAUCUCAACAUUGGAAUAUAGGAAUUUAUAUUAUUUAGCAAAUGGAACUUUUUACGAAUUUGUAUACUCUAAAAAAGUCAGAAAAAUGAUAAAUGAUCCAGUUUUAAGUUACAUUGGUUUCCGGCCAAGUUACACUUCACUAAACUAUCUUGAAUCGCAAAUACAGAUAGCCGAUACGAACGAUAUAUAUUCAUCGGUAGAAAUUAGUGUAAAUAAAUUCGUUGUAGAUGAGGAAACUGAACAAAGUAAUAGUAAUAUAGUAAUCAAUCAUUCGGAUAAACAGGUAGUAUCCAUACUUGGAACUAUUGGUGGUUAUUACGGUAUCAUUGGGGCUUUUUAUAUAUUUUUGUUUGGUGCUGAUUCAAUUAGUCCAUGGGAUGACACAAAUGAUCAUUCAAAAAGACUUCAAGAUUUGGAAGCUUUUCGAAUCCUCAUUGAAAAAAAUUUUAUUGACGCUUCAUUAAUAAAACCCAUCGAAAAAGAGCAAAAAAAGAAGUAG